CUUUCAGAGCAUGCCAUUUACAAAACGACUUCACUUAUGAGCACAAACGUCCCUAUGAGUCACUGAUACUAGGACGAAAGUCUGCCCUUACGGCAGUAGUAUAUUAUCAGUACCUCAGUGUACCUAAACACGCCUAGCCCUUGCUCUACAUACACCUAUACUGUACCCUGCUCUCUCGGGCGGGACCAACAACGACCCCCUGCCAUUGGCUGAAGAGCAUUCCUACCAAAGCGCUGAUUGGUCAAUAUGUUUCUUUUGUUCACUAUCAGCCGCAGGACAGCGGAAGUUUGAGUGAAAUGAGUCAGAGUGUGAGGGUUCCCAGCUGCUACAGGCACGUCCCAUAUCAGUGAGCCCGACUGAAUCUGCAGCCUCCUGUCAAGGAACUGAGAGAACUUACUAGGAAAAAUGGAGCUAGAGAAUAAAUUAAAGAAGGUGACACUUGGUCAUGAGGAAGGAUUUGGUGCUCCGUGUCUAAAAUGCAAAGAAAAAUGUGAGGGAUUUGAACUGCAUUUUUGGCGGAAAGUAUGCAGAAACUGUAAAUGUGGCCAAGAAGAACAUAGCAUCCUUUCAAACAAUGAAGAUGAUCGGAAAGUGGGGAAGCUGUUUGAGGAUACAAAAUAUACAGCUCUUAUUGCAAAGCUGAAAACUGAUGGCAUACCCACUUAUAAACGAAAUGUUAUGAUUCUCACAAGCCCAGUUGCAGCAAAGAAGGAUGUGUCCAUUAAUACAGUGACCUAUGAAUGGGCACCUCCAGUGCAAAACCAGGCCCUGGCCAGGCGCUAUAUGGAGCUAAUUCCAAAAGACAAACAGCCUGUCGCUGGUUCAGAAGGCGCUCAGUACAGAAAGAAGCAGUUGGCUAAGCAGCUGCCCGCUCAUGAUCAAGAUCCUUCCAAGUGUCAUGAACUGUCUCCAAACGAGGUGAAACAAAUGGAGCAGUUUGUGAAGAAAUAUAAAAAUGAAGUCCUUGGUGUAGGAGAUGUCAAACUUCCCAAAGAAGUGGAGGCACAAGCUUGUGGAGCAGGUAGAUCUACAAAUGGAAGUUUGAGCACUCUGACAACUGUUAAGGGCACAGAAGACAAGGUGGCAGCUCAGAAGGAAUCCACAUAUUACUGUUUCCGGUGCAAAGAGAACAUGAGGGAAGGGGACCCUGCUGUAUAUGCUGAGCGUGCUGGAUAUGACAAGCUGUGGCAUCCUUCUUGCUUUGUCUGCUUCACUUGCAAUGAACUUCUAGUUGAUAUGAUCUAUUUCUGGAAAAAUGGAAAGCUGUACUGUGGAAGGCAUUACUGUGACAGCGAAAAGCCCCGUUGUGCUGGUUGUGAUGAGCUGAUCUUCAGCAAUGAAUACACUCAAGCGGAAGGCCUCAACUGGCAUCUCAAGCAUUUUUGCUGCUUUGACUGUGACUGUGUCCUUGCUGGAGAGAUCUAUGUGAUGGUGAAUGACAAACCAGUCUGUAAGCUGUGCUAUGUGAAAAACCAUGCUGUGUCAUGCCAAGGCUGCCAUAAUGCCAUUGAUCCUGAGGUCCAACGUGUGAGUUAUAAUGGCUUCCACUGGCAUGCAGCGCCAGAGUGCUUUAUUUGCUCAUGUUGCAGCAAGUGUCUGAUUGGACAGAAGUUCAUGCCCAUUCAAGGAAUGGUCUUCUGCUCAGUGGAUUGCAAGAAAAAAAUGUCUUCAUAAUGAACAAUAUGAAAUACUCAUUUGAAUGUAUAUUUUCCAGUGAUUAUCUUCAAGCAUUUUCGUGCCUGCGACACAUUUUCUACAAAUUUAAAACAAAUCGGGGAACAGAGUAUUACAAUACACUGCUGUGCUGAAAUAAUAAGUCAAGUUGAAAGUGUAUUAUUUUUUUCAUACUGUGGAAAUUGCAUUUCUAUAUAUAAAGGCUUUGUAAAUUGGAUAGAGAAGGUAAUGCCAAGGUAUGGUAUAGUUACCAUUAUUCAAGGUGUUUUUAGAGGAAUAUUGCAUAACCGUGGCAGAACACCUUUGAACACUUACCUAGGAGUACCCUGGGUCCAUAAGAACACAUAUAUAUUAUAAUAUAUUUUAUUUUUAUUAUUUUUCCUUUUUUUUUUUUUUUUGAGGCAAAUAGUUUUCCAAAGGGCUUUGAUGAGGUUUUACUUGAAGUGUCAGCAGAAGUUGUUUCUUUGAGCCCCCCCCCCGUACAUGUGAACUCCCUCAUUUCCCUGUUAAAGAUUACAAUGGAAAUUUGCUUCAUUUGCCCUGCAUGACAGGUAUUGGUUGCUGGCCUUCACAGACACACUGAGAUAUUAUGCAAAUGACUUACAAAAUGAAUUUCGCUAAACCUUUUUAUUUGUAGAAUAGAAAUUAUUAAGAAAUCAGUGCAUAAUAUAUUGCUGUUCCAGUGCUUCCCUUGCUUCUAUUUGUAUUCUGCCUUGUGUUGAUUAUGCUGUUUCUUUUAUUCCCUAUGGAUUCUCCAGAAGGCCUUCUGCCAAUCUUCCAAAUGUAAAAUUCAAAACCAUGGGUCAUGUCCUUCAUUUUAGACAGAGCCCUUCUCAAUGUGGCUGUACAUCAAAAUCUAUUACAAUUUUAGCCUUCUGCUUGGUAUUUUGAAAUGUGUAGAUAUGGAUGGUGUGUCCCUAAAAUGAAGCCCAUGUCCCAUGCUGUUUGCUUUCAAAUAGCCUGUGACACCAUAAUAAAUUUGUAUUCCUCUCU